UGCCAUUUCGCCGAGCCGUGGUCUCUUGUUCACAGCUCUGUGCCUCCAUUUCUCGGUGGCGGCAGCCCUCAGGCCGCGGAGCUGAGAGAUUCAAAGUCGCAGCUGCCCCAGUUGCGCAGAGUCUGGCGUUGCCGGAUGGGUGCUGCAGGGCUGGGCGGGGGGAGCCCGACGCUCCUCGGAGCCGGUGACAGGGAAGCUGCAGGGGCACAGUCUCUUCCCAGCGCCGCCGCACGGGUUCCGGCUCAGCCUCCAGAACGCAGUCCAGUGGCGGCGCCGCCGGCGUCUCUGUCGCAGGACUCCACGGUUUCGCGCGUCGUUGGCUUCUUGGUCCUAGCAAGUUUCGAUUUCGCGGUGCCUGGGAUUUCCACCCCCUGUCCAAGUAGGGGAAUAGCCAAAAUGUGAUUUCUCAGCCCAAGCAAGUCCUAACUUGAGACAAACACCGGUCUAGCCCUGGCUGCGAUAUCUAGGCCGUAGGAAGUCACCAUUUCCCCAUGCGAAGGCGAAGUUAUUCUGCGACUCAUUUGUCAGCAGCUCCGGGUUUCCAGUAGCCUCGGAUUUCUAAUCGUAACAACCAUAGGGUCAGCGUAGCCUCAAGUUUCUUAGUCCUAGCAAGUUCCCGUUUCCUACUGGAAAUUACGACAGGAGCAACCUGCAGGGGUUUAGAUCUGACAGAAAUAUUCUAAUGGUAGGCAUUGCACCGCUUAGCCAUAUUUGUAAUUUCUUCUUUGUAGGGUUGGUUCUCUGUAAUUUUUGCUUAUCUUAAAAUUAUUUUUGUGUCUUUUGCUCUGAGGACAAUGUUACCGAUGUGUUUUUCAUUUUUACUUGCAUUUCAGACUUUCAUUAUUUUAAAUUUUUAUUUUUAUUUAAAUGUUAUGUAUUUUUUUUUGUACUAAUUUUGAGCGUCUCAGAUUCUUGCUUCUUGACUUUCAUUCUCUCAGGAGCCGGGGAGCCGAGCUCGGUCUUAGCCUCGCUGGCUGGUAUCAGGUUCCGGGUUCUGUCUGGCGGCUCCGCUUCCUAUGCGGAGCUGGCGGUUUUGUAUCAGCACGUUUGCCAGUAGCGCCCACUGAGCGUUUUCUCAGUUGCUGCACCCAACGUGACAUUUCCUGUUCUCGGGGUCCUUACGUUCUCAGUGCUGUCACUUUCUCGGUCCUACAACCACUAGUAUCUCCUAGGAACUUUCUGAACCCCGUUUUGUGGUGCAGAACGGUGAUUGCACGGAGCCGCUGCUCGCGCUGGUAAUUGUGUGGUACCAUUAGCCGGCGCUUUUUCUGUCACAACCCGUUAAAACGGGUUAAAACAUAUUAAACCUAUCAAACACAUUGAACGGAUUAAAGCACAUUAAAAUGCCGCAACACAUUCUUCUGGUACAACACAUUGAAACAGAGUUGGUUCCUUCCUCCAAACAGGGUGUUUAGGUGUGGAAGCACCGCUCUUUUCUAAGAGCAUGCUGUUUCUCUUUAGCAGCACCCUUUAUGGCGCCGAAACGGAUAUUCGUUUGGCAAUACUAGCGCUAUCCGCUAGGUGCCGGCGCUUGCUAAGUUCAACGCGCCAGUUUCUCGAUUGCAAGGUGGUUAGCACAGAGCCCUAGCGGACAGUUUUCCGGUGGCAGCUACGCUCAUUUCCCGGAAACGGGUGGUUCUUGGCCCUUGCAGCGCUCUUUAAUACCUGCGUUCUGUAGCGCUAGUUCUCUGCGAGGUUUGCUUAGUGUCAUUUCAUUUCGGUUUAUUUUCUCGCUAUGUUUUUCUGUCGGAAUUACGGUUCGUUUUGGUUCUAUGUACUCUGUAAAAUGUUAUCGUUUUUCAUUUGUUUACUAAUUUUCGUGCAUUUGUUACUACUGAGUUCCUUAAUAUCUGACUGGCCUCCGCCCACGGGCUCUGGAGAGCAUAAAUACUCAGGCUGAUGGUAGUGCAGGAAGACUCUCCCUCCUUGAUCAGCGCAAACUUUGGUCUGAGGCUUAAGCGAUGGAGCAACAUUAUCUUGGCUGUGUGAAGCGGGCUUGGGAUUCCGCAGAGGUGGCGCCAGAGCCCCAGCCUCCGCCUAUUGUGAGUUCAGAAGAUCGUGGGCCGUGGCCUCUUCCUUUGUAUCCGGUACUAGGAGAGUACUCAUUGGACAGCUGUGAUUUGGGACUGCUUUCCAGUCCUUGCUGGCGGCUACCUGGAGUCUACUGGCAAAACGGACUCUUUCCUGGAGGCCAGAGCACCUUGGAACCGAGUACAUCGAAGCCCACUGAGUUCAGUUGGCCGGGAACACAGAAGCGGCAAGAGGCACCCGUAGAAGAGGUGGGGCUGGCAGAGGAACCCGACAGACUCAAGCUCCAGCAGCUUCCCUGGUGCAGUCCUCCCCAUCCCUGGGACAGACAGCAGGACACCGAGGUCUGUGACAGCGGGUGCCUUUUGGAACGCCGCCAUCCUCCUGCCCUCCAUCGGUGGCGCCACCUCCCGGGUUUCUCAGACUGCCUGGAGUGGAUUCUUCGCGUUGGUUUUGCCGCGUUCUCUGUACUCUGGGCGUGCUGCCCACGGAUCUGUGGCGCUAAGCAGCCUUAGAUAGCAGCAGAAGGCUUUUUUGGAUUCUCCUCCUUAAAAAGAUUCUCAGUUACCAAACGUCUGCACCUAGAAAAUAAAAAUACAUUAAGAUGUGCUUUCAUUGCUGGUUGUCAGUUUUUAAAUUCUC